AUGCGCGCUUCCGUGCUCUUUGGGGCUCUAUUCUUCGCCAUUCUAGCCCCCGACGCCCUCUCAGUAAAAACCAAUGAUUGGAAAACAUGUUCCCAGUCUGGGUUCUGUCGACGAGGUCGCGCUCUUUCUGCUCGUGCAAAGGACGCCACAUCGACCUGGAAAUCUCCUUACUCUGUCGAUCCGUCGUCGGUCUCUAUAUCGCCCGGCGAAGCAGUGGUUACUGCUGCAGUCAAAUCAUCAUUAUACCCUGAAAUCAAGUUCGAACUGGAAGUGCGAGUACAUGAAGAUGGCGUUGUACGAGUACGGAUGGAUGAGAAAGAUGGUCUACGAAAAAGAUACGAUGAGGCCGCAUCGUGGGCAUUAGCAGCGGAGCCCGUGGUCAGCAAAGUUGUUCAGUGGGCGGCGGGGAAGAAGGAUGUACGCGCUGUAUACGGUGAUCUGUCUGUGGUCAUUGCAUACGAGCCCCUGCGCGUGACAUUGCUACGGAAGGGGAGAGAACAGGUCAUUUUGAACGGACAAGGUCUUUUGCACAUGGAGCAUUUCCGUAACAAGGAAUCUCCUCCCGAUGUGCAGGCAGAUGAGGCCAGCGAGGAGUCUCAAGUCCCCAUAAAAGCAGGGAAUCCUCGUGCAUGGUUUGAGGGUGAAGAAGAGGAUACAUUUUGGGACGAGAAGUUUAAUUCUUGGACGGAUUCCAAGCCGAAAGGUCCUGAAUCCCUUUCUCUGGACAUCACGUUUCCUAACCAUGGGACUGUGUAUGGUGUUCCCCAGCAUGCUACUCGUCUGGCAUUACCUAGUACCACAGGAGAUGACGCGACUUUUAGCGAUCCAUAUCGACUGUACAAUGCCGACGUGUUUGAAUACCUCGCUUCGUCCACCAUGUCCCUAUACGGCUCCAUUCCUGUCAUGCAUGCACACUCUACGGACUCGACCGUUGCUAUCUUUCACGCUGUUGCGUCCGAAACUUGGAUUGACGUUCACCAUCCCACCUCUCAGUCUUCGCACUCCCACUGGAUAUCCGAAUCUGGUAUUAUGGACGUGUUUCUCCUUCCGGGACCUACCCCCAAAGAUGUAUUCGCUCAGUACGCUCGUCUUACUGGUUAUACACCAUUACCUGCGCAUUGGAGUCUUGGAUACCACCAAUGCAGAUGGAACUACGUGAGCACUGACGACGUUCGCAUAGUGCAGAAGCGGUUCGACGAGGAGGAUAUGCCUGUUGACGUCUUCUGGCUCGAUAUCGAGUACGCAGAGGAACACAAGUACUUCAUCUGGGACCAGAAGACUUUCCCAGACCCAAUUGAAAUGACGAAUGACGUAGCCGCAGUGGCGAGGAAGAUGGUCGUCAUCAUUGAUCCUCAUUUGAAACGUACCUCCAACUAUCCAGUUUAUCAAGAAGCGUCUGAUUUGGGAAUCCUUGUGAAGCCGAAGAGUGGUGAGGGUGAAUACGAGGGUUGGUGUUGGUCAGGUAGCAGUUCCUGGAUUGAUAUGUUCAACCCCGCAUCUUGGGACUGGUGGAAAUCUAUUUUCAAGUUCCAAAGGGAGAAUGGGUGGUCAUGGACUAACAGCACAGAUGCUGUCCAUAUCUGGAAUGACAUGAAUGAGCCAUCGGUCUUUAAUGGACCGGAAAUCACAAUGCCGAAAGAUAACAUUCAUUACGGGGGAUGGGAGCAUCGCGAUAUCCACAACAUUAAUGGAAUGCUUUUCCAUAAUCUUACUUCUCAAGCUGUUGCGGAACGCACCACACCUCACAAGCGACCUUUCGUUUUGACGCGUUCAUUCUAUGCUGGCUCUCAACGCUUUGGUGCUACAUGGACAGGUGACAAUCUUGGUACUUGGGACCACAUGACGGCCGGCGUACAAAUGGUCCUUGCUAACGGCAUAGCUGGGAUGACCUUUGCCGGGUCCGACGUUGGCGGAUUCUUCGGGAAUCCAGAUAUGGAGAUGCUCGUUCGGUGGUAUCAAGUCGGCAUAUUUUCACCCUUCUUCCGAGCGCAUGCGCAUAUUGACACGAAGAGACGAGAGCCAUUCCUUCUUGAUGAGCCUCACAAAGGAAUGAUAAAGGAUAUCCUACGUCUUCGUUACUCGAUGUUGCCUGUUUGGUACACCGUGUUCUGGGAAUCUUCAAGGACGGGCGUGCCAGUUCUAAGGCAUGGACCGCACUAUGUGAUGUUCCCCAAGGACAAGGAAGGUUUCGAGAUCGAUGAUCAGUUCUUCGUUGGCUCCUCCGGAUUACUCGUCAAGCCUGUUACGAAAAAAGACAUUACGGAAACGACGGUGUACCUUGCCGAAGACCAGGUGUAUUACAACUACUUCACCGAAGCUCCUUCAUACGGCUCCUCCAAAGGCAAACAGAUAACCGUCCCCCUUGAGCUGUCUACUAUUCCGCUAUACAUUCGUGGUGGUUCCAUCAUUCCCACGCGUGAGCGGCCUCGCCGAUCCAGCCCGUUAAUGGCCUACGAUCCAUUCACCCUACGCGUAGCUUUAGACAAAACGGGUUUCUCUGCUAAAGGAGACUUGUACCUCGACGACGGUGAUGGGUUGGCCUACCAGGACGGCGAUUACGUGUGGAGAGAGUUUAUCGCUGAGAAGAACGGGAAGAAGGGGGUGAAGUUGGCUAAUAAGAAUCUGUCUGCUGAGCGAGAAGGAGAAUACGAGGAGAGCAUUAAAGAUGUGAGGGUGGAGAAGGUUAGUAUUCUUGGGCUAGCGAAUGAGCCGAAGGAGGUGAGGGUUGUGGGGAGGGAGGAGCCACUGGCGUGGAUGUACAAAACCGUUGCGGCUGACAAGGGUAAGAAGGCGGUAGGAGUGUUAGUCAUCAAGGAUCCGGCUGUGCUUAUCACGAAGGAUUGGGAGAUCAUUGUAGAUGUUUGA